UGGGUUGAGGAUAGGCUUGAAGAAAUUGGGUUUUCUGGGGCCAGCUGUGAGGGGGAGGUGGGCGAAGAGUAUGGUGAGGAAGGAACUGCAGGGGUCUGGAUGAGGUGUGAGUGUAUUGAGGGAUAGAGGGUAGAGGAUACGGGUGAGAGGCUCUUUCGGAGAAGAGCAGGGAGGAAAGAUGGGGCGAGCUAGAGGGGCGGCGCCACACUCUGUGGGGGAUCAGAUCUGUCUCCUACUGUUCCGUUCAGCUCUUUCUCCUCCUCCACCCACACGCUACCCGACGGCGGCAGCGCAGGGAGGAGCCAGGGAAGGCGGAGCGAGAGGCUGGAACGGCCUGGGCAAAAGAGCAGCCCCAGCUUUUGGACAGCAGCCCCCAGCGCCUGGAUCCUGGACCCCGACCCCGCUUGGCAGAGCUCUAAAACUGAGGGCAGUAGAAGAAGAAGCCUCAUUUUAACCAGAAAGUUUCCUUUGGGAGGACAAGCAUGCCAGUGCUGUCUGAAGAUUCAGGGUUGCAUGAAACCCUGGCCCUAUUGACCUCUCAGCUCAGACCAGACUCCAACCAUAAAGAAGAAAUGGGGUUCUUGAGAGAUGUCUUUAGUGAGAAAAGCCUCAGUUACUUAAUGAAGAUUCAUGAGAAACUUCGCUAUUAUGAGAGACAGAGCCCAACUCCUGUUCUGCACAGUGCCAUGGCUCUUGCAGAGGAUGUUAUAGAAGAGCUACAAGCUGCAUCAGUCCACAGUGAUGAGAGGGAGUUGCUCCAGCUGCUAUCUACUCCCCAUCUCAGGGCUGUGCUCAUGGUACAUGAUACUGUUGCUCAGAAGAAUUUUGACCCUGUUCUUCCCCCUCUGCCUGAGAAUAUCGAGGAGGAUUUUAAUGAGGAGUCUGUGAAAAUUGUCCGUCUUGUGAAAAACAAAGAACCUCUGGGUGCUACCAUCAGGAGGGAUGAACACUCAGGGGCAGUCAUUGUGGCCAGAAUUAUGAGAGGGGGUGCAGCCGAUCGGAGUGGUUUGGUACAUGUUGGGGAUGAGCUGAGGGAAGUCAAUGGGAUUGUGGUCCUGCAUAAGCGGCCUGAUGAAAUCAGUCAAAUUCUGGCCCAGUCCCAAGGAUCCAUCACUUUGAAAAUCAUUCCAGCUGUCAAAGAAGAAGAUCGAUUAAAAGAUAGCAAGGUAUUCAUGAGGGCUCUUUUCCACUACAACCCCAGGGAGGACAAAGCUAUCCCCUGUCAGGAGGCAGGGUUACCCUUUCAGAGACGACAUAUCCUUGAAGUGGUGAGCCAAGAUGACCCCACAUGGUGGCAGGCGAAGCGUGUGGGGGACACCAACCUCCGUGCCGGUCUCAUUCCCUCCAAGCAGUUCCAAGAAAGGCGCUUGACCUACAGAAGAGCCAUGGGUACUUUGCAGAGCCCAAGGAGCAUCAAAAAGCCAUCGUAUGAUCAGUCUUGUGAUAAAGAGAACUGUGACUGUGAGGGUUACUACAAUGGACAUUACAUUGCCGGGCUCCGGAGGAGCUUCAGGUUGAGCCGCAAAGAAAGACCUAGCAGUCAAAACGAAGGCAAGGUACCAGAGCCUCCUGAGCUCCUGACAUAUGAAGAAGUGACCAAAUACCAGCAUCAGCCUGGAGAGAGACACCGACUCGUGGUCCUAAUUGGUUCUGUGGGUGCCAGACUGAAUGAGCUAAAACAGAAGGUGGUGGCUGAGAAUCCCCAACAAUAUGGCGUGGCUGUUCCACAUACAACCAGGACCCGGAAGAGUCAUGAAAAAGAAGGAGUGGAAUAUAAUUUUGUUUCUAAACAAGCAUUUGAGGCUGAUUUGCACCAUAACAAAUUCCUGGAGCAUGGAGAAUACAAAGAAAAUCUCUAUGGUACCAGCCUGGAGGCGAUUCAGUCUGUUAUAGCCCAAAACAAAGUUUGUUUGGUGGAUGUGGAACCUGAAGCAAUAAAACAGUUGAGGACUCCCGAGUUUAAACCCUACAUUAUAUUUGUAAAACCUUGCAUCCAAGAAGGGAAGAGGAACUCAUCAAUGUCACCAGCUUCUGAAGAAACUUCAGGUCCUCUUAGUGAAGAGCAACAGGACAUGCUCUCCUCAGCAGCCUUCAUAGAUCAGCAUUAUGGCCAUUUGGUGGAUGCAGUCUUGGUGAAUGAAGAUCUCCAGAGUACAUACAAUGAACUGAAAGGGGUCUUAGAGAAGCUGAGCAAAGCCUCUUACUGGGUUCCAGUCAACUGGGUCAGGUAAUUCCAUCUUGCAUCGAUGUCUGCCAUCAUCAACCUUGUACAGAAGAAGUUUAUAAGUGGGAAAUAAUCUUUUUAAAAAAUUCAAACCUGGCCCCCUUUGGAUCAGGGCAAUCAUUGGAGAUGAAGGUGUUCUAAGAACAACAUGUUUUUGAUCCUGAAAAUAUCAAAGACAAAAGUUGAUACUGAUGCUUUGUACCAAAGUUCAGUAGCUAUUCUAAUUAAGUUGGAAACCUUAAUUAAAUUAAUUAAAUUUGAUAUUGGAUGUUUAAGCCUGACAAUAAGGUCAGCCUUCAUUUAUUCAACACCAUCAAGAAAAGAGGUGUUUCUAAUGAAUGAAUUUUCCACAUAAUUAAAAAGAGGCAUCCCUCCUGCCCUUUCAACAAGAAAAACUAUCAGAAUCAUGUUGAAUGAAUGUCUUAAUAAAAGGUAUUACACAUUUCCCUAUUUUACUAAACCAUAUAGAAAGUAAAGUAUUUCUCAUGAGUGAAUUUUCCACAUAAUUAAAGAGUCAUCCUUCUGUCCUUUCAACAAGAAAAACUAUCAGAAUCAUAUUGAAUGAAAUGUCUUAACAGCUAUUUUACAUUUUUCCUAUCCUACUAAAUCAUGUAAAGAAAUUGCAUGGAAUAAUUAAUGUAUAUAGAGGAUGACCUGGGAGAAAGGACCUGGGUUGUUUCUGAUACAGGGGCAAGACAUAUAACCUCCAAGUCCUUGAGGCAAGGAUUCUCUAAGAUUUUAAAUUGCAGAAAAGGUAAGAGAGCUGCAUGAGAAGAAGUCCUUUCACCUGAGAAUUCCCUUUACCAAUGAAAUGUCAAGAACAGGAAGAAUCUAUGGUUAUUGAUGCCCAGCAAUGAGGGUGCUUUAUGCCCACUUCUUUUCUCAUGGCUUAGUAUUUGAGUGGAGCUCUUUGCCCAAUUCUAAUCGGACUCAGUCAUGAUUUUUGAAAUUAUAGUUUUUUCCUCCCCUCCUCCUCUAAAGUUGGCAGUUAUGUCGAAAGUACAAAUAAGAGUCAAGAUGAUUCCAAUGGAGUUGUCGUAGGCCCAAUGAAAUACAUGCUGAAUUUAAGAUAGAGGGACCUGGACUGAGAUCAUUCCUUCUAUUACUAGUUUGGGCAAAUCAGUAUGGACUUUUAGGUGGUGGUGAGAGUAGAUGAAUUCCAACAUUCCUUCUGACUCUGUAUGAUUCUGCAUAAAACACGUCAACUAAUCUUGAGUAUAUGAACUUUCUUUUGACUUUUCAGAAGCAUUUCCCCCCAUAUUUCUGAGUUCUUGACUAUGAAUUUAUAAAAUUGUGGGUGCCAAAAAAUAAAUGAAAUACUGCUGGAUUCUUCUCAAUAAUAUUGAGACUGAAAAAAAGAGCUGGAAACCAAAACAAAAGCAAACAUUUUUGACCCUUCCAGAAGACUUCAACUGGCUAAUAAAAGUAAAAUAAAUCAGAGUGGGAAAGGUAAUUAUCCUAAUUUAGCCCCUUUGUUUUUUUCUUAAUAGAGGGGUUUUCUAUAUUGUUUGUGCUCUUCUAAGAAUACUUUACAAAACCUCUCAGUUCAGCCACACACACCCCCCUUCUCCCCCAGUUUCAUCACUUAUUGUGUGUGGAUAUAUGAUAGUGUGCUGCAUUUGUACAUCUAUCUCUUUGAGCUAGGUUUUGUAAGCUGCUGUCCCAUUUGUUCUCUCUCCAACAUGCUUAAGAGUAAUACCUUAUUCUGACAAUUUUCCAGGAAAAAAAAAGAUUUCCUGAAGUUUCCAUUCAUUCAAUGAGAAGAAAAUGCUGCAUUGGAUUUCUAGUUCUUUAAUUCUAUUGCUACCAUGGUGGUGAUUCUGAUAUACAUACAUAUAUACAUAUAUGUAUGUCUCAUAUAUGUGUGUGUGUCUCAGAUCUGAAAAUAACUGUUAUUUAAACAAAUAAAUCCCAAAUAAUUUUCUGAUAUAUUCUCAAUUAAAAAAAAAAAACUGUUUCAUUGAUGUUUUUUGUCAGAAUGCCAUAUAGACCUCAGAUCCUAAAAUAGUUGUUACUGGUUUGAUUUUUUUAUUUUUUUUACCACAAGUUAUUUUCUGCUAUAUUCUCAAUUUUAAUAAUGUUUUAUUGAUGUUAAGAGUGCCAUCACUUUUUCCUAAUUCCUUUCAUCCCAGUGAUAGAACUUUCUAUUGUAAUAGAUGUGGACUUGACCAAAACAAACCUACCCACUGAUUGUUUCAGGCAGUGUAUGCCUCCUCCUUGAACCUAUAGGCUGACAUCUACCUUUCUAAAAGAGGAGCAAACGUGUGUUUCAUCACCAGUCCUCAGGAGUCAGGGCUGGUUGUUACAUUGAUCUGAAUUUUGGUGUCUUGUAGUGUUUUGUCCCUUUAUGUGUGUGUAUUACUUUCUUGGUUCUUCUUCCUUCAACCUCAUUCUCUUUAUCUUUACACAAUUAAAUUAACUGACCUUUGUUUUUGAGAAGUAUGCAUUAAUACACACAAACACUGUAUUAAAUGUAGUAUCUGUUUUGUUGCCUAUGAAAUGUUAAGGUUUUUUUUUUUUCCGCUAGCAUUUUAUAAAAAAAAAAUUCUAAAAUAGCAUAGUCUCUUUUUUUAAGCCUGGUUAUUUUUUAAAAAAAAUUUAUUUAAACAAUUUAUUGUACACUUUUAAAAAUACAGAAACAAAUAUAAAUACAUUUACAACUCUUUAUACUUAAAAAAUAAAUUUCUACAUAUAAUAUGGGACCAUACCAAUUUAUUAGGUUUUCUUCUAUACUUUUUCUUUAUUCUUUAUAUUUAUGUAAAUAUUUUUCCUUUCAGUAUAUAUACUAUUCUGUUGUUAUUUCCUUGGCUUUGUGUUACCUUCAUAUAAUGUCUUUUCAAAUUUCUUCAUGUUUCUCAUACUGGUUAAUUUUUCAUGGCAGUGUAUUAUUCAAUUGCAUACCAGAAUUUGUCCUGCUGUUCACCAACAGCUGAACAUUUACUUUGUUUCUAGGUCUUUGCAACUACAAAUAAAGUAGCUUGAUUUUUUAAAAGUCUUCUUGACAACAGUUUGAGUAUUAUUAGAUAUGCGAAUGAGAAAACACUGGAUGAGUUCGUUGGGUCUGGCAGAAGAGUGUCAUGUGAAGACAGAGCACCCUACGAUCUCAUGCCUCACUUGUUGAAGAUAGACUUGAGAUCAGGGGCCAAGCUAAAUCCUUCUUUAUAACUAGAAAGUAUAUUUAAAUUCUGGGCUUCUAAAGGAACACAGGGCAACUGCCCCAUACUCAAGCUCACUAAAGCAUUCUCACAUUCAUCCAGUUUACUUCUUUGAAACAUUUUAAGAGGUACUGCUUAAAUGUUUCUUGAAUUAAAUUGAAUUUGGACAGCUCUCAAUUAUGUGAAGCAGAAUUGAGGAUUCCAAAUUAAACAAGGUGCUACUCUAUUUUGUUUUGAAAUGUUUGGUUGUGACUUAAUAGACCCUGAACAAGUCAGCUUUGCAAACUGCAACUGUUUUUUAACUUUUUUUUCCCUCAUGAAGGCAAAGUGAGUGUGGAGAAAGCUGAAUUUGGAACCAGAGGAUUUGUGGACAAAUAUGGGCUCUGCCAACUUUGUAUGACCUUGGGCAAAUAUCCAUUCUGGACCUCAGUUUCUUAACCCAAAAGCAGGUUAAGAUGAAUUCCCAAGGUCCCCACUAAUCUUACGUUCCUAGAAUCCUACAAGGAGAACAACAGAAAAAAGGCCUCUCUACCCAGGGAGGUAGCCUCGUGCUCUGAGUAGGAGACUUAGGUGUGAACCCCUUGGCAGAAACUUUCUGUCUGUGGAACACAUCAUUCAAAUAAGUCACUUCACUUGUCUCAGCCCGAGCUUUCUCUAGAAGGAAACAAUAGUAACCCCUUUACUUCAGAUUGAGAGGAUCAAAAAAAAUAUAUAUCAUAAGCAAAGUGAAUAUCUGCUACGUGAAUGUUAGCUAUUUCACAAGUGUGCUAAACCAGCUCUGGGUACCGACAAUUACAUUUUCAGAGUGUCUGAUACUUUGGAUAUCAGCAAAUGCUACAAAUCAGAACUUGAUUUAUUUAUCAUCUGGAUUUAAGAAGGUGAUAAAGAAAAUGUUAAGAAUGCAGAUUAAAUUUAUGUCCUGGGCAUAUUUUUUUUUCCUUCUCAAGAGCAGAUUGUUAAAUAUUUACUAGCAUUUCAUUGAUUGUUGUUAUAUCCUCAGUGGAGGUGGAGAAUAUGAUUUUAAGAGAGUUGGCUGGGCUCACUGAAAGGUUAACGGAUUAGACCCUGACCACAGGAGCUAUGUCACCAGCUAGACAUGAGUCCAGCUAAUUCCAAGGAUGGCCAGCUCUUGAUCCACUCUACCAGAGCUGUCAAACAGGAGACCACCUGCCCACGUGGCCCACAACACUGGACCAAAUUCAGAUUGAAAUGGAAUUGGACAAUAUUUAACAAAAUAAAUAAAAAUACAUCAGAGUAUAGAAAGUACAUCAGAACAUAAAUGUUAACAUAUGCUAUUCUAAGUCAUUAUGUGCCAUGGGAUUCUUAUGUAUAAUUGAGUAGCCUGUUUCUAUUUGCCAUUAAGUCAUUAUAAUUAUACUUGGCUGUCAACCCAGGGAGACAGGCAAUGAAAUCUUGAGAAUGGGGUUGGGGAAUGGGGAGGAGGUUUACCUUGUUGAUCUUGUUGCUUAGCAGCCCCCUUAUCCACAACACUCAAUUUAACAUAAGAAAAUGACCCCAAUUCAUCAUACUGUACUGUGUCAGUGGUCACAGAUCAUGCAUUGUGGCUACGAUGCUAAAAUACAGACAUGUUUGAAGACAUUAGUUUCAAAUCCAAUUUUUCUAUGACCAGUUUAGCCUCAUCAUAGCCUUGAGAGCAUGAGUGGGUGAUUAUACUCCCAGAAAUAGUAUCUCUUAGAAAUAUCUUUAAUAACCAUGGGGCUUUUUUUAGGGAUAAGUACAGUGGCCAUUCUCAAAAGAUGUAGUUCAGAGCCAACAAACAAGGAAGAAUAUUUCUGCAUCACAUAGAAUCAAUGACAUUCAAAAGACAGAGAAUAAUUUGUAUAUCCUAUAAAUAAAUACAGGGAUGUCAAACCAUCCCUUCACUCUAAAAGUCAGGUGUGCUGACUCAUAUAGUCAGCAAUAAAAUCUAUGCACUGUGGUCUCAAUGUGCUUUGAUACAUUUUCAUCAUAAAGGAGUAUUUCACUGUUACUGCAGGCAGAUGCAAGCAGACAUACUUGUUCUGUAUAUUUUAAAUGAGAUUCUUUUUUCAAUUGUGCAAAUUAACAGAAUUUUUCUAAGAAUGGCAUCUGUUCCACGUGUUGGUUUUUUAACCUUGAUUUUGUCACGAGUUUUUUUUUGGGGGGGCCGUAGAAAUCAACUUGUAGCUUGAUGAUCACCUUUUUCUUUUUCUUUUUGAUCUAUGUCUAAAAGAGUGAUACAGUCUGAAUGUGAAAUGUCUUUUGUUUAAAACAAACAAUAAAAAUGUACUUGCAUCUUU